AUGAAGACCACAACGCUCGCCGGCCUUUUGGCUCUCGUGCCUGGAGCUCUGGCCUACAAUGCCUACACUGGAGGUUUACCUGUGCCCACGUCCACGAAGACUAACAGCAAAGUAAUCGAAGUCAAAGCAGGUCAGGUCUUUGACAGUGGAUGGGCGAGGUACGAUCGUGGCACUGGUGCCUGUAACAAUCAGGUCGAGGGCGAUGCCGACGCAGUAUUCCUUCUCCGCUCAGGCGCCACGCUUCGCAACGUCAUCAUCGGCAAAAAGCAAGCCGAAGGAACGUCUGCGAGGAUUGCCAUCACCAUUAAGAACGAUGUCGCGGGCCAGCAGACCAACAUCGUGGGCGGGGGCGCGUACCACGUGUCUGACAAGGUGGUCCAGCACAAUGGCUGGGGUAAGCACCGUCAACAUCUUCAAUUCUAUGUCGAGGACUACGGCAAGCUGUACUGGUCCUGCGGCAACUGCAGCAAGCAGUGCAAGCGCAACGUCUAUAUUGACGAUGUGAAUGCCCGCAACGGUGGCGAAUUGGCGGGUAUCAAUAGCAACUACGGAGAUACUGCGACGAUCAAGAACGCGUGCUAUACCACUGCGCACCAGUGGCAGAUGUAUACUGGUUGCGCUGGGGGAUGUGAGCCCGCCAAGGCUGGGUACUGGAGCGGGUAGACGACCGGUGAUAUGGUAUUUUUGUUAUGGCUGGACGAAGACACUAGUGUCUGUAGCUUGUUGAUCUCGGUGGGCAAUCAAGUCUACAGCUCGGGCAGCCG